AUGAUGCGAUCGGGUGGCAGCUCUGCGCCUGUCCAGGUCGAUGACAAGCUGGAGAUGCUCCAGAUUCGCGAGCGAAACAAGGGCCUCCCACCCGAGCGGACGCAGACGACGGGCCCGAAACACCUCCGCAGCAUCCUGAGAGGUCCGUGGAACUGGAGUCGCCCGAAGACACUGGCCGCCCUUCGGCCCUUUGCAGUUUCGGCGAAAAUGGCGCCGCCUUCAAUCACGGUUCUUACCACGGAGGAUGCCGCAGAGAAGGCUCAGAAGAUCGUGGAAGCCAGCAAAGCUCUAGAUGCCGAGGCAACGACCGAGGAGGUGAAGAGCUAUUACUGGUGGGAGGGUAAAGUGAACUUCGACCCCGAGUGGCGAGUUGCGAUCAAGACCUCCGCACCGUUCUCGAAGGUUGAAGAGGUGGUGUCGAAAGCUCACAGCUAUGAUCUGCCCAUGAUCAUCUACGACCUUCCCGAGCCCCCGGCAGAGCCCGCCCACUGGAAAGGUGUCCUGGCCGUUGGGGGUGAGGAGGCCAUCAGCGUCGCUGAAACGCUCGUUGCCAAGCGCAUCGUCGCCUGCGCGCAAGCUUCAGCAACGAGCUUGGCAGUGAAGACGGUCUUGAGGUGUAAGCCGCUGGUCGAGGCUCAGGCGGGCCAGGCCGUCCAGUGGACCAGCAUUGGCGGCAAUGCGGGCUACUUGAAGUGGUUGGAAGACGAGUGUGUCGGAGCUGAAUGA